AUGCCUCCCAAAGGACUUUCACUGGAAGAGAAGCGAAAGCGUUUAGAAACCAUCUUUCAUGAAUCCAAAGACUUUUUUCAAUUGAAAGAAGUCGAAAAAUUGGGCUCGAAACGGCAAAUUGUCCUUCAAACAGUAAAAGACGUAUUGCAGUCGUUGGUCGAUGAUGGCCUCGUGAAGUCUGAAAAAAUUGGAACGAGCAACUAUUACUGGUCGUUUCCGUCGGAGGCAAAACGGUCUCGUGAAACCACGAUUGAAUCUCUUCAAACGCAACUAGCUGACUAUCGCGAAAAGAUCCGUCAAGUCUCUGAAUCCAUUGAGACUGAAACUGCCAAACGGAAAUCCGAAAAUGAAGAUGAACAAGAUGAAACUUUUACACCCCAAUUGUUGGCGCAAAAGGAGUCGAUGCUUCAAUCCUUGCAGUCUGAACUUGCUAGUUUAAACCAUUGCAAUCCUGAAACAAUUGCUUUGCAAGAGAAAAUGACAAUGCAGUAUCUUGAAGCUGCCAAUCUAUGGACGGAUCAAACACAUUCUUUGCUCUCGUUUUGCAAAGAUAUGGGUGCUGAACUUCCACAAAUUCUUCAGGCGUGCGAUAUACCUGAAGAUUUGGAUGAACUUACCCUACCAGUGAAAGAGUAG